GGGGCGCGCCGCCUCUUUCCCGCCCUCCCUCCAUCUUGGCGCAGCUAGCUUGACGCAGCGGAGCGCCAAAGAGAGGCUGAGCGGAUCAAUUUGGAGCCUCGGCGGCUGAUCGGGAUUAUGCGGCGCUUCUGAUCUCUGUGUCGAUCGUUCCACAUGCACCGAGGACACGGGGUCAGACUUCAUGACCUUUGAAGGGGUCGCCACGGUUCUCCAUAUUGAACGCAUCGUUCCCUUAUAGGUUCUGGCAGCCGUGACGUCACUUCCAGGCGUUAGUCUGUACCCGGCCUGAAUGCAGCCUCUCCAGGGUCCAGCCUAAUUCCUGGUGCUCCUUCACUCCCGCCUCCUCCCUCCUCUCCCCACCCUUUCCCCCUUCCUGCCCACCCCUCCUUUCCUCCAUCCUCAUCCUCCACCCGCUACGUCAGCCUCAUCUUAACACAAACUCCCAGCAUUUAGCCCGGACCGCUGGUGUGGUUGGUUGCUCCUCUACAGGUGGAUGAAUGAAGACCCCCUUCAAGAGCCCAGCGGCGCCGCGGCCCCGAGCGGACGGAGGACAUUCGGGCAUCUCUGCAAACAUGAUGAAGAAAAAGAAUCCGCACAAGAAGCAGAGGACCAGCGUGGGUCCCAGUAAGACCCUGACUCAGCCCAGAAGGAACAUCGUGGGCUGCAGGAUCCAGCACAUCUGGAAGGAGGGCAGUAAGUCGUCGCAGUGGAAGGGGACGGUCCUGGACCAGGUGCCCGUUAACCCCUCCCUCUACCUGAUCAAAUACGACGGCUUCGACUGCAUCUACGGCCUGGAGCUGUACACCGAUGAGCGGGUGGUGGGGCUGGAGGUUCUGCCAGACAGAGUGGCUCCGGCCCGUGUGACCGACUCGCUGCUGGCAGACACGAUGAUCGGUAAAGCGGUGGAGCACAUGUUCGAGACGGAGGACGGGCCGAAGGAGGAGUGGAGGGGGAUGGUGCUGGCCCGCGCUCCCAUCAUGACCUCCUGGUUCUACAUCACCUACGAGAAGGACCCGGUGCUCUACAUGUACCAGCUGCUGGACGACUACAAGGAGGGCGACCUGCGCAUCAUGCCCGACUCCAACGACAGUGUGACAGCGGAGCGAGAGCCCGGCGAGGUGGUCGACAGUCUGGUGGGCAAACAGGUCGAGUAUGCCAAAGAGGACGGCGGGAAGAGGUCGGGAAUGGUGAUCCACCAGGUGGAGGCCAAACCCUCCGUCUACUUCAUCAAAUUCGACGACGACUUCCACAUCUAUGUCUACGACCUGGUCAAGACCUCCUAAGACCAGAAACCCUGUUUAAAAAAGACUUACUGAGAACCGCCAACCCCCCCAGAAACCCUCUGCCCAGUGGAGACCAGUCAGCUCUGUACUCUCUUUGGUGAAAUGCCUUAAAACAGGACAAAAAUCCAGACAGCGCCAUUCAGACCAGCUCCAGUCGUCCAUCGCUCAUCGUUCCACUUUCACAACAUCGGUUUUUGAAUAAAUAAAAUCUGCUUCACCCAGAGGUGUAGAAAAGACUCGAUCCUGAGACCCCCACAGAGAACACAAGGUUUUCUGAAUAAGUACUCCCUUCCCUGAACCCCGUCGGACCCUCUGAGACCUCCGUUAUCUGACAAAGAGGGGGGCGAGCAGCUCUGCGGGGGUUGAUGAAGGGCCGGGACUUGAGGAGCCGCAUUCUCGACGACGUCUAUCUGCAAACAGACACUUUUUCAUCACUUGUCUCUUUCUUGUUGCUGUUUGUGUCCCACAAUCAUUUGUUUCACAUCAAACAUCUUCAGUGUUUGUUUUCCCAAAUUCAGCAUCCAGGAAACAGCAAAGUGUGAAUGAAGACACCAGACUGCCGUUUUCUGAGCAUGUUUUCCAUCAUUGCAGCUGCGAUUCGUGUUCGCUUUGGGUUCACAUCUGUCGUCUCCAUCGUAAAAACAGCUGUCCUGGUUGGCUCCGAAGCUGACGUCGGAUCUUAAACACAAAAUCAUUUUUUUAUAAAGAUGUGCUCCCCUUCCUCCUGCUGCUGCUGUAGAGUUUACAUGGUUUGUGUCAUACCUUUUCUCUGUAUUGACACCUUUAUGUUUUUAUCUGUUUACUUUUUAUUACCCACUUAGCUGUAGGAUGCUUGCGGCUGUUGCAGGUGUGUACAAUAAUGUUUCUAUCACUGACGGAUCUCACUUUGCUCACUGACUCUGGAUUUGGGCGCUCGUCCCCGGGUUCACGGCUCGCUGUAAAACAGCAUAAACUCUUAGCUGAUGUAGCUCCGCCCAUCACAGUAGGUGGUUCUUUUUUAUUUUUUUUUUCUUGCACCAAACAACUGACGCAUAAACAGCCAUGUUGCCUGAACCACAUCUCGUGUGCCUGAUUAAAAGAUCUCAAACUAUAUGUUUAAAAAUCCAACAUAAUUUCCUUUGUAGUUUCCAAACAGCUCAUUCUGAUUCUGGAUCCAAACGGACUUCAGUCCAGAACGUUCCUGUUAGACGACACGUUCCAGGUGAAAUAUGUUUUGGUUUACAGCAGAGUCUCAUCAGGGUGUCUUCCCCCCUUUUUCCACCGCGAGGAAACGGUUUAAAGUUCUCAUCGUGGACUCUGCAUUUCCAAGCUCUAGAACAAAUCUUCGUCCUCUAGAACUAAAAUACCCGAGUUUAACACUCCCCGCGUUCGUUUGCCGUUUAGGUUUAAGAUUUUCUAUUAGAUUUCCCACAAGUUCUACAACACUGAGGCAAACAUUGUAGACAAUCUUGAGAGCCCCAGAUUCUCUGAUUCUGGGCCAAAUCUGAAUUAGAAAUCUUAACAUCCUCUCAGAUUUGGACCUUAACCUGCUCUUCUGGACCCUGUUUCUCAGUUUCCGUCAACGUAUACAACAGACAUUUUAUUGUCUUCAUUAUUUUAUUAUUUUGGGGGGUUUUAAUCAUUCAGGAGUCUGUUUGAUGUUGUCCCGACGUCUGUCCUAAACUGCCCAGCUAUACAUCCUAGAACAUGAAGGUCGAAAUAUUCUAGAAAAUCAAACAUGUUCAGCUUCUAUGAGGUUUUUGUGGGAUAAUUGUUUUUUUUAUUCUAGACUUUUGUUUUGUUCUAGAGUCUGUUUUUCAGUAUUGUUUCCCAUGAAAAUCUCCGAUUCAAGAAUGGAUCUGGUUUGGAAAGAUGAUUAUGACUUCCAGAGUUGACAACAUAUCUUUCAACAGUUCAGCUAAUGUUCUGGGCUCGGAGGUUUUACAUCAAACUAUGUGCUGCUUAGUAAACACUGACUCUGGUUCUGGAGGAUAUUUGAUUGAUUGAACAAAAACGUUUUUUCAAGUGUUGGAAAAAGUCUUGUUUUUUGUCCCAGACAUUAUGUAAUGGAAAAUUUAUUUGUUUUUUCAGUAUUUUGUUUGUUCCUCUGUUUUUUUUUCCCCCCGCUCUUCAUCCUGUCUGUGUUGGUUCUGGACGGUCAGAUUCUAGAAUCAUUUAACUGGAACAUUUUCAGGUUUGAUCUCAAACAGCGCUGGAAUAUUUUACGGAGUCUAGAACAAAUCUUAAAUCCUGUAACACUUUUUUCUAGAAUCUGUUUCCAGAAUUGCAGUAAAAUAGAUUUUAUAUUCCAGGCUGCUGUAGAAUCAAUGGACGCCACAUGGAGGCGUGUCGACAGUUUCCUUCUAGAGCGUACGUGCAGAAAAUGGAGCCUUCACAUUUGAAGCUGUUUGAGAGCUGCGGUUUGAUUCGGUGCGAUGUGAGGAAAACAUUGCAGCUGUUUUUGGUCUGUUUGUUUUCAGAUUCUAGAAAACAUUUGUCUCUGUUCUGGUUUACGUGUGAGUUCUAAUUGAAGCUUGUUGUGGUUGAGGUUCUGUUUUCAGAGUUGUUUUUCUAAACGCUGAAAGCAAAGGAAUCUGAUCCCACACAGAUCCAAACGGACAUUCCCAGAUUCUAGAAUCUGUACUUUAAUAUUCCGUCAGAGUGCACAUGAUGAAAAUGCCGUUGAAGGAUUCCCACCUUAUGUUUUUCCUUAGGCUCUAGAAGCCGUGUCCUCGUCCUGUCACGUGCGUCGGAGUCUAGAGCUCUUUGUCGGUUUGUCUCAGAUUGAAAUCAUCUGUUGUUUUUCUAAACUCUUCCGAUUUGAUUUGAUUGUUUUGUAUUUUUAUUUUAUCGGCUGGAGGACGCAGGAACCUGAACACGUUCUGGAUGGUGGAUUCAUACACGUGCACGAAUGUCUGCUCACUGUGGCGUGAGCUCCGGCACAUUUCACACAGGCUUAAGUCAAGAAUCUGUUCAUCCCAUCCACGGCGGCUCUAGAGUCACGUUGUUAGGUGUGUUACCCAUAAUGCACUUGGCUUCACUACAGUUACGACAGGAUGUGCUGAGAGACUCCGGGGUGGGGGUCGGGCUUGGGGGGUGAUGUGGAUGCCGAGCCUCCCUGAUGUGGAGUGGUGCGUUCAGGAGCCGUUUGUACUUUCCAGGAAACCUUUGGUGUGUAGCGUGUGUGUGCGUGUGUGUGUGUUCAGAGCAGUGUUGUUUUUGCAUGCAUAUAUUAGCUCUGUGUAAAUCGAUGUGAGUUGCAUGUCCGUGUAGUUUUCAGUUGUCCGGCUGUCUGUUGUGGCUUUCGGUGCCUUUUUGUUUCUUCUUCUUUUAUUUCCCCCCCCCCGUGUCCCUGAUGACAUUUGUUGUCGGGUUAAUGGUCCAAAAAAGAAAGGAAAACACAUUAAACGGGAUCCCGGACCAGCAGGGCACGCAGCUGUUACGAGUCCAGCAGCGGAGCUUGUACAGACGUCGCAGCGGCGAUGAUGUGUGUGAACUCUGUUUUGAUUUUGUUCAGUUUUUGGGUGGAUCGUCCCUUUAAAGUGUGCCAACCUACAGAUGCCAGUGUUGUACAGCAGUGAAAAGCUCACUAUUUACUAAAAUAAACUGUUUCUCUGUUUUUGCA